AUAAAUUUUAGUUCUAAUUUGGCGGUUGAGAGCCGCGCACUUUUAACACGGCGCUGCAGUGAAAGCUUGAUUGAGUACUUGCAAACAUGGGUAGCAUGUUCCGUAGUGAAAAGAUGACGCUGUGUCAGAUAUUUCUGGCACCGGAAGCGGCUUACAACAACAUGGCUGAUUUGGGUGAACUUGGCUGUGUGCAGUUUCGAGAUCUAAAUCAUGAUGUCACCAAUUACCAGCGUAAAUUUGUGAACGAAGUGCGCCGCUGCGAUGAAAUGGAACGACAAAUACGCUAUAUAACGAGAGAGUUGGAGAUGGAGGACAUCAAACUGAAAGAUGUGUAUGAUGACAUACCGGGUGCGCCAAAUCCGCGCGAAGUGUCUGAAUUGGAGGCACAAUUGGAGAAGGCAGAAUGCGAGAUACGUGAAAUGUCUGAGAAUAAUGUAAACUUGAAAUCCAAUUUGCUAGAGCUAACCGAAUUGUGUAAAGUGCUUGAAAAGACCCAAACCUUCUUCACAGAACAAACCGUUAUUGAUAUGGAGGAACAUGCGAAUAGCGGUACAUUCACAGGUGAGCAACGCGGCCAUCUGGGCUUCAUAGCGGGCGUUCUAAGCCGUCAACGCGUUUACGCUUUUGAGCGCAUGCUUUGGCGUAUAUCACGCGGCAACAUGUUAGUCAAACAUGCCGAUAUUGAAGAGCCACUGCAGGAUCCACGCACUGGUAUUAUGACUUACAGAACAGCCUUUGUGGUCUUCUAUCAAGGUGAGCAGCUUAAUGCACGCAUAAGGAAGGUCUGCACCGGUUUUCAUGCCUCGCUUUAUCCAUGUCCGAAUGUACACCACGAGCGUGACGAUAUGUUGAGAGGUGUGCGUACCCGUUUGGAAGAUCUCAAAUUGGUAUUGAAACGUACGCAGGACCAGCGUAAUUGCAUAUUGGCUGCCAUAGCAAAAAGCCUGCCCAUCUGGUCCAUUAAGAUAACCAAAAUGAAGGCCAUCUAUCACACGUUGAAUUACUUCAACAUUGAUGUGACCAGCAAGUGUUUGAUUGGAGAAGGAUGGGUGCCGACGUUAGAUUUGGAAUUGGUACAGCAAACGAUCGCUAAUGGCUCUGCAACCGCGGGUAGUACCAGCUCAUUUUUAACGAUAUUGCAAACAAAAAAAAGUCCUCCCAGCUAUUACCGCACCAAUAAAUUUACACGUGGAUUUCAAACUCUGAUAAAUGCCUACGGCAUGGCCAGUUACCGCGAGGUCAAUCCGGCACUUUAUACCUGUAUAACCUUCCCCUUUCUAUUUGCCGUUAUGUUUGGCGAUUUGGGUCAUGGGUUCAUUAUGUUCUUGAUUGGCUUCUGGAUGGUGAUCGACGAAAAGCGGCUAUUACGAGUGAAAGGUGGUGAGAUUUGGCGUAUCAUGUUUGGGGGUCGCUACAUAAUUAUGUUGCUCGGUCUUUUUUCUAUGUACACCGGUUUCACUUAUAACGACACUUUUUCGAAAUCAUUCAAUGUGUUUGGUUCGAAGUGGCGCAUUAAUUAUAAUACGACCACAGUUUUGACCAACGACGUCCUGAUAUUGAAUCCCAGCACAGAUACUAUUGGUACAUAUCCGUGGGGUAUGGACCCCAUUUGGCAGUUGGCGGAUAACAAGAUCAUUUUCUACAACUCGUACAAGAUGAAAUUAUCGAUCAUUUUCGGUGUCUUGCAUAUGAUUUUUGGUGUGUGCCUGUCAGUGGAGAAUAUGGUGUAUUUCAAGAAGUAUGCGUACAUAUUAUUAGAAUUCGUACCUCAGGUGCUCUUCCUCAUUCUAUUGUUCGGCUAUAUGGCCUUCAUGAUGUUCUACAAAUGGGUACAAUAUUCGCCUACCACCGACUAUGAACCCAAUCAACCUGCUUGCGCUCCAUCAGUAUUGAUAUACUUCAUAAAUAUGAUUCUGUUUAAGGCCUCUCCAAAGCUAGCUGGUUGCGACAUGUACAUGUUCAGUAGUCAGGUGACGGUGGAAAGAGUUUUUUGGAUAGUUGCGCUAUUCUGCAUCCCGUGGAUGUUGAUUGGCAAACCGAUUUAUAUACAAUGUGUGCGAGCGUUCGAGAAGAGGGGCAGACGUGAGGAGUAUGUUGAGAAAAUAGAUAUUCAAGAAGGCGACAUUGUUAUUGAAGCUACACUCACUGAUCCAGUGCCACACGCUCACCACGAGGAUGAAGAUGAUGAAGAAGAAGAACCAAUUAGUGAGAUUUGGAUUCAUCAGGGCAUUCAUACAAUUGAGUAUGUGCUGAGCACCAUUUCGCAUACGGCCUCAUAUCUGCGGCUGUGGGCUUUAUCUUUGGCGCAUGCGGAAUUGUCGUACGUAUUAUGGCUUAUGGUUAUGCAGAAAGGCCUUCAUUUCGGGGGUUACCCAGGUGCGAUUGGAGUUUAUAUUAUAUUCUGGGCAUGGGCACUUCUCACCAUAGCCAUUAUGAUAUUUAUGGAAGGUCUGUCAGCUUUUCUGCAUACAUUGCGUUUGCACUGGGUCGAGUUCAUGUCUAAAUUCUACUCUGGAACUGGUUAUCCCUUUGAGCCAUUCAGCUUCACAGCUAUUUUUGAAGCCAGCGAAGAAGAUUAGACUAUUCAAAAUUACCAUUAUUAGAAGAAUUUUGGCAAAAAAAGAUAGCUUAACUUCAUUUAAUUUGCUUAAAAUACAAAUAAACACAUACAUAUGA